AUGAAAGAACAUUUCCUGUUCAUCCUUCUUGCAAUAUGUGCAACUAUCAACGCACUCUUGCGGGUGCCCGUGCUGAAAUCGGCCUACAAACAAAAAUCUAUUGAUGGGAACGCGAUUGCCGAAUUCCUGAAGCAAAAGUACAUUGAAGGCUACGUGUUUGCCUCGGACAACGCUACCAAUGCGACCAAUGCGACGGGCCUCAGCGUACCCCUCCUUUACUCCUCAAAUAUGGCCUAUUACGGACUCAUCUAUAUCGGAACGCCUGAACAGCAAUUCCGAGUGCAGUUCGACACCGGUUCGGCAAAUCUGUGGGUUCCGUGCAUGGGCUGCAAUGCAAGCGACGAAGCCUGUCAAAAUCACCGUAAGGUUGGAUAG